AUGUCUCGAGCAAGCCCGUGGGCUGGUUCGAAGGAGUCUGAGGAUCUUCCUCGUUUGUCUUCGGCGUCACAGUCAUCUCUCAGACCUAUCUACGAAUCGAAAAGACCGGCCUUCCUCGACCGCAACAUUUUCAAGAUUAUGAGAGAACAUGUUCCCGCCCGUUUAUUCAGCAACCGGCGUUUAUUGCUAGCAGUUCUUGCGACAGUAUUUGUUAUCAUUCUCGUCUCCGCCGCUAAAACAGGAUCGCAGCCGCCGAUUGUCCUCGCCGUGAGCGCUGCAGCCAACCGCACUCUGGGCUUUGGCUCCAUCCAGAUGAUCAGUCUACCAAUUCGACAAGAUAAAGCCGAUGCCGCCACUGUCCAAAGUUUCCUAUCGAAUAUUGACAUCCAGAUCGUUGAAGGGGUCAACGGAAGUCGACUAGGAGAAGUUGGACUACCACCCAGCAGUAUCCCCGAUGCUGAACCUGGCCAGGCUUUAUCGGCUGGCGAAAAAGGAUGUUGGCGAUCUCACGCAAAUGUAUGGAGAGGUCUGCUGCACACAGACGUGGAGACUGUCUUGAUCAUGGAAGACGACGUUACCUGGGACAUCCAUAUCAGAGACGUCAUGCGCCUCGCAGCAUCCCAUUUGCCAGGUCUUUUGAAUGGAACUGGGCUGCUUGGCCUCAACCCGACGCGAAGCUCCGAGGAACAGGCUCAGGUCGAUCCGUGGCACAGCAACAUGUGGGAUUUGAUUACCUUUGGCCACUGCGCUGACGGCGACCAGUGGAAAUCAGAGAAGGUCAAAUACGACGAUCCAUACACAAGUGGAGAGCAUGGAGAGUGGCAUGGAGUGGGUGUCAAAGGUGGCCGUCGCAUGUUGCGCAGAGCUGGCGGCAUGGCUUGUACCGGCGCGUAUGCUGUGAGCGCUCGGGGUGCCGCCAAACUUUUGCUCCGAAGUGGGUUUGACCUCAACCUUCCGGUCGACGUGAUUAUGAACGACAUGAUCAAGAGUGAUCAGCUACGAGCGUAUAGCAUUUGGCCUCCACCAGUCGUCCAGUGGCGCUAUCGUGACAAGUUGGGCAUGUGGGGAGCUAUGGGCAGUGAUAUUAGAGUAGAGCACAAGGAUAAAGAUCGUAGUGGCUGGGAAGAUGCUCAUAAGAAUCAUGAUAUCUGGCUACUGAAGGGGGAAACCAAGGGGUUGAAAGAUCCAGCGAUCAAGAGCGCCUGGGGUGUGUUGAUAGGUCAUGAAGAUGACUAG